CUUUGUUUUCACUGUUAAUGCGGGAAAUUAAGGAGCACGCUAGAAAACCCCUUAUAGCAAUCCUUUGGUAGGAUCUUGGAAGCCGUCUGGAUUAAAGGGGCCAGUAACUACCGUGUGGAAUCAGUAUCCAACCAGAUGAAAAGAUUCUGAGGAUGCUUUUCGAUUUUUGUAUUUUUUUUUAAGAGCAGAUCGAGGCACCAGCCUUAUCUGGAAAAGUUGAAAAAGUUGAUUUAUACUGUCUGUUCGCUAACCCAAGCUUGUAAUUUAGGGUAGAAUAAAGCCGCCAAGGCUUAAGAAAAGCGGGUGGCCCGGGUCUCGGCCACGCCCAAAUAAUGGUGCCUUCCGGGCUUUGUGCGUUGGCGCACGCGCCAUGGCGCCAACCCUUGGCACUGGGCAGCUCGGUGGGCUCACGCAGGGCCGUGUGCCGGUAUGUGACGUCACUGCGCGUUGCCUCCGGUUGUCGAGCAGCUAUGGCAGCUACCGCGGAGUCCGUGGAGGACCCGCUGCGGAGCUUUGUGCGGGUCUUGGAGAAGCGAGACGGCACGGUUUUGAGACUGCAGCAAUAUGGCUCCGGCGGCGUGGGUUGCGUGGUAUGGGACGCUGCAAUUGUCCUUUCUAAAUACCUGGAAACGCCCGGUUUUUCCGGCGAUGGGACCCGUUCACUGAGCCGGCGGUCGGUGCUGGAGCUGGGUUCAGGUACCGGGGCCGUGGGGCUCAUGGCUGCUACCCUCGGGGCAAAUGUUGUAGUCACCGAUCUUGAGGAAUUGCAAGACUUGCUGAAGAUGAAUAUUAAUAUGAACAAGCAUCUUGUCACUGGUUCAGUUCAAGCCAAGGUACUGAAAUGGGGGGAAGAAAUAGAAGACUUUCCAUCUCCACCAGACUACAUACUGAUGGCCGACUGCAUAUACUACGAAGAGUCUUUGGAGCCAUUGCUGAAAACCCUAAAAGAUCUCACUGGAUCUGAGACUUGUGUUAUAUGUUGUUAUGAACAACGAACAAUGGGGAAAAAUCCAGAAAUUGAGAAAAAAUAUUUUGAACUCCUUCAACUGGAUUUUGAUUUUGAAAAAAUUCCUUUGGAAAAACAUGAUGAAGAAUAUCGAAGCGAAGAUAUUCAUAUUUUAUACAUCAGAAAGAAAAAAUCGAAAUUUCCAUCGUGAAACCUUUAGUCAUCUUAUCCAACCCUCUAAUAACCCGGAUAAGCCAAAGAUAUGAAUGGAGUGUGUGAAUACAGCAUGGGAAGAGUGUAUUCACAGAUUUUUCCAGCAUGUCUUUAGAAAUCCAAUACAUAGACCACAACCACCAUGGACUGCCUGCAAUAAGAAAACUGACUGCCUGCCUGCCUGCCAAUAGACCUGAAAUCCAACUUAGGUCACUUGGUUCAGCAUAAGUGUUAUGAAUCAGUCACUCCUAAAAUAAAAAUAGGCAUUGAAGUUAGCCUAAAGUCUGCCAAAACUAAACAGUGAAGCAGCAUGGUUGACUUGUUGUGUUUUCAGGAAACUACAGAUAAAUUGAUCAGUGUUCUAAAGAGAGAUACCUGUUUCUGUAUGAUGUUUUAAGUUAAAACCAGUAGAUUUUAGUUUGUAUUCAAGAUAGGUAAAGAGGCGAUUUUGGUUUUACAUCUAAUUAUCUAGCAGUUUUACCAUGUGUCUUCUACUUCAUUGCUUAUAAGUCAGCUUUAAUUCGUAAAUGUUCUUUUACUUUGAAUAAAAAAGCCACAAUAUUGUCUUA